GUAGCGCGCCAAACUAUUUGUGAAUUGUUUGCGGCAACUCGGUAUAAAAUCAUCCGGUUCUGAUAGAUAAGAGCAUUCAUAUAAUGCGCGACUUAUAAGUUUUGAACAAACAUUAUCGAAAAUAUAAAAAUUUUAUUGUCUACUGUGAAAAUAGUAUGCGUAGAUUGAGUAUGAAAACCAAGCGUAGCAAAUCUGAAACUAGUGAUAGCAGUAUCGAGGAAAAUGGCGUCCGACGUUUAAGCAUAUCCGACAACAACGACGAAAUGAAAAAGGGAAAGGAGAAUAAGAAUACAGAAUCGCCACGCAGAAGUACAGCGAAAAAACGUUCAUCUCGCAGUCGUCAUAGUCAAAAAGAAACAACUGAGGAUUCUGCCGUGAAGCCUGAAGUAGAAGAUACUCAAGCUGUAGAUACAGAAGAAGAAAAUAAGAAUGUCGGGAAGGCUGGACCUAGUAAGAGACUUAAAAAAGAGGGAUCUUCCUUAACAAAACAGGAAGGAAACAAUGAAAAAGAGUAUGAGGUAGAAAAAAUUGUGGGUCAACGUACAAUCAAAGGUCGGCGUCAAUUUUUAGUCAGAUGGAAGGGAUAUGAUGCAGAUUCUGAUACAUGGGAACAAGAAAAAGAUCUAAACUGUUUAGAAUUAAUAGAAGAGUUUUUAGCUGAAAAUGCUGAAAAUGAAGAAGACCCUAAAUCUAAGCAAUUAGAUAAUUCUACAAAGUCACCUAAAGUUAAAGCUGUAAAAGUGGACAAAAAAUCUAAAAAGCUUAAAAAUAAUGUUAAAAAACAAACAGAAAAUGGUAAACAAAUAGUAACAUCAGAUGAAGAAAAAAGUGGGAAAGAUGAUCAAAAAGAAUUUGAGGUGGAAAAGAUUAUAGAAGUACAUUUUAAAAAGAAUAAAACAAGGGAAUUUUUAAUUCGUUGGAAAGGAUUUACAUCAGCAGAUGAUACAUGGGAACCAGAAGAAAACUUAAAUUGUCCAGAACUAAUUACUAAGUUUAUGCAAAAAGUAGAAAAAGCCAAAACUACAGAAGCACGUGAACUUAGAGCAAAUCGUCCUCAUACGAAAAGAUAUACACUGACUACACAUGAGCCUGGAAGAAGACUAUCUCGACGAAAUAUGGACAAACAAAGAGCUACUUAUCACGAGUGUGAUGAAUAAAUGAUUGCAGAACAGCAUGAUUACAUACAUAUAUGUGAUUUGCUUUUUCAAGAAAUAUCAAGAUAAUAUAACAAUUAACAGUAUAAUGACAUGAUGAGGAAUAAUUAAAAAAUAUAUAUCUUUUGCUUUCUCAGUUUUCGAUUCGCGAUAAUAAAUAAGAGCAAAUU